GACCACGUGACACCACACGGAAGUGACGCGUAUGCUCAAAAGAGUUCAGCAAAGCAUCUGGGAGCAAAACACCUAGCUUAAAUACAUUUUCCACCAGAAGACCAAAGGAGGAGACUAACAGACGGUCAGAACAGUUAACACAUCUGUGAGUAGGCGUCCAUUAUGAAUCCGGUUUACAGCCCUGGGCCAACAGGGGUCCCCUUUACCAAUACUAAGGGUAUAGGCUACCCAGCAGGAUUCCCUGUUGGCUACGCACCAGCAUACACUCAGAAUAUCUAUGCAGGAGCGAACGCAGCCUUCCCCAGUGGCUAUGCUCCAGGCACUCCUUUCAAAAUGUCCUGCUCUCCCAACACUGGGACUGUCCCACCAUACUCCUCCUCACCCAACCCCUACCAUGCUGCUGUUUACCCGGUCAGGAGCACCUACCCCCAACAGAACCCCUAUGCACAGGCACUAAUGCCUUCACAACAACAAGGCACUUACUACACACAGCCGCUGUAUGCUGCACCGCCACAUGUUAUCCAUCACACUACAGUGGUCCAGCCAAAUGGGAUGCCUGCAGCCAUGUAUGCCCCGCACAUGCAUCCUCAACGCCAAAACAGUGUCACCAUGGGGAUGGUAGCCGGCACUACCAUGGCCAUGUCAGCUGGAACUCUGUUGACAACUCAAUCACCAGCGCCUGUUGCCCCCCACCAAGUCACGAUGCCCACAUAUCGGCAUCCUGGCACACCCACCUACAGCUAUGUGCCCCCACAGUGGUGAAGAGAGGGACGCGUCAGAAGAUGGUAGAUAUGCAUUCACACUCUACUCCAGUGUUUUUUGCUAUUGGUGAAGACCUGCCCUGCCAGUGUCUGCAACCAGUUACUCUUCCAGCAUAAUGUGAAUCUAAAACCCCAUUUGGAUAGGAGGGGGUGAAGAAUAGGCCCAUCCCCAUGACCCCUCUCAAUGGAAUAAGGCUGCAUUCCAUGUCACACCCCAGCGCCAGCACCUCUACAACAUGCUGCAUAUCUCACAUCAAACAGCAAUGCCUCCAUGCAAAUUAUUUUGUGAACUGUCAUGCAGGUUUUUAUAGCUUAAACUCUUAAGUGGUAAAAAGGAAGUUUGGAAUAGUUUUUUUGUUGUUUCUUUUAAUUUGGGGGACACAUAUGAUGUUGAAUGCAUGUGUGUGUAUAUAUAGAUAUAUGAAGUAAUGCUAGCGCAAUAUACCUGCUGUGACAGAUGCAAAAUCAACAAAAGGCACACAUCCAAAGGAACUUUAAAAAAAAAAGAAAAAAAAAAAAAAAAAGUAAUAAUCUGCAAUGCUGAAUCACCAGUGACCAUGUCUGACAUGUGAAAGAAGAAAAGACAAGAAAUGUUAAUUCAUGCAAAAACAUACCUGCACAAACAAGUGCAGACCAAACUGUACUGUUUUUCACUGCUUUGUGUUUUGGUAGGUGGAGCUAGGUUUUUAUUUCUCUCAGUGAUGCAGUGUAUGCAUUUUGUCUUACCAUUUUUGUAUUUUAGGAAAGAUGGGACUUUGAGUUUGUGCCUCUGACUGAUGGCCAUUCCAACACGUAAUCACAGCGUUUUAUUUUUCCUGCCCUGUCAAACCUUUAAAAAAAAAAAAAGAAAGUAUCAACUUUUUCAAAAGUGUGAAGCAGCUUUGUUUCCUGCUUUUUUUGGGUGGCAUAAAUGAUUCACUUAUUUUAGCCAGACGCGUUCUUGAUGGGGAACGAGUAGAGGUAGUUGUUGGAGAUCAUUUGCACCCAUUUAAAAGUUGAAAGCGUGGAGGAGUAGGAACAGUUUUGUGUGUGAGUAUAUGUGUGUGAAUGAAAGAGGAUUAAAAUAGAAACCCAUAAAAAAUUUUGCCAUACCAUGCAAAAUGCCUAAAAUAUUACACCUACAUUUCACAAUAACCAAUUUGUUCGUAGGUUGAAGCACUACAUCAUUAAAUCACUGCUAACUGUGGACAUUUUAGGAAAACAUGAUAUUGUUAAACUCCAUUUGUGAAUAGCACUACUGAAAGAAGGCACUAAUUCAAAAACAGUAAAGAUAUCUGACCUUUUACAUUGCUCGCUGUUUUACCUCAAGGUUUUAGGCUAACCCACCAAUAUCACUGUUUCAGACAUGCUUUUCUAUGUUGCCUCAGUCACCUCCGUUACAUAAUCUGUUUUGUAAAUGUUAUUUUUGUGAAUUUGGUUCUUGUUUUGUAUUCUAAAGAAAGACCAAAAAUAAAACCAAUAUAAGAAUAA